UUCUGCCACGAAAAUUCUAGCAAGCUGUGUCUGGUCUGCAUCCCUCAGAGUGCCCUUGUGUGCCAAGCGGUGCUUUAGGCCUCAGGUAGAGGGCGGUCCGGCCCAAGAGUGCUUUGUAACCCUGUGAGGACUGUUGGCUCCGAGGGCUCCUCUCAGUGUUUUCUGAACAGCCUCUCCCCAUUCCAUGGCCACAGUUCGACUCUUCCACGUUGUGUGAUAUACCAACAAAUAAACAUUCCUAGUUAUUUCUCUGUUCACUUACCGUGGUCAAGGACUGUUUGGAAACUCGACGCUUGCCUGACAUUGUAUACUCUACGGUGUUGUUUCUCAGCGCCUCAGACAACUGUUUUGAACCUUUUGCUCUGUAGAGCAUUAUGGAGCCUCUCGAGAAAACUGUUUGAGUCUCUUGACAUAGGUCAGUCUGACUUCCGCUUACCAAUCAGAUUCUGGGAUCCCAGGCCAUGCAACGUGCUAGGAGACAAGCGGCCCUGUAUAGAGAUUAAGGAAUACAGUUGAGUUGGCCUGGAUCCAUAGGGUACAUAGGGAGUUUGGAUUGCAUAUAUAGCACUUGCAAAUUAAUUGCUUCGUUUGGAGUAAUAUUUUGAUUUAAUUUAAUUAUGGCAGUCUGGUAUUUGCUUGAUUCAGUUUAAGACCCAUUUCAGUCUUGAGUAUUCCUAAAACCUGUAACUAUUCAUAAAACUGUCACCACUAGUUCUGGGCAUACUUAUUUUAUCAAACAUCACAUUAAUUGCCAAAUCUGUAUUGGGGUUUUGAGAAAUGCAAGGCACGGGGUUGGGGAUUUAGCUCAGUGGUAGAGCGCUUGCCUAGCAAGCGCAAGGCCCUGGGUUCGGUCCCCAGUUCCGAAAAAAAAAGAAAAGAGAAAUGCAAGGCACUGCUGCAUAAGGGCUGAUAGUCAGACAGACAGACACACAGACAGUAUGUACUUCGGAAGAAAUCUCAUUUAAUAGUUUGUCAUAGUGACUUAGGAUCGAAGUCAAAGCUCGUGGUUCUGUCAUCCUGCUGUGAGUGAUGAUAUACAACGAUGUUAGAGGCCUUAGAGACGUGGUCUCUUUCCUCUUUCUUACAUAUAUGAAAACCAAGGCCCAAAGAAGUGACAGUGAGCCCACUGGCUUUAACUGUGUAGAAACGUACACACGCAUGACUCAGACUGGAGAAGAAAGGUCUGGAGACCACUGGCAUGUUUGGAGGGGAGACAAGACAGAUAACUGUUCAGUGGGUCUCAUUUUCAAUAACACUAGCCGUCCGGGCUAUGCAGUGUUAGAUACUGCAGGGUGCGGAGUACUAAUUAGUCAUCCAACAGCAGAAUGAAGCUCAUUUUGCUCUCAUACUACAUGUAAUUAUAUCUGAAGUUUAUUGAGAGUCGGAAGCGUCGGGCUAAAGAUUUUACUAAGUAUCUCAUUUGUCCUAUUUCCCUAAAAGGGUUUCCCUAUUUAACUUUCCUUAAAUUUAUCUGAUAGGUUUAGUUAUCGAAGGCGAUACCAUGACGGUAUUAUCUUUACUAAUAGUUGGGUUGUCUCUUUUUGGCCUGUGGGACUAUCUAUAGGUGGCUCCCAAGUACCUUUUGUGGGCUUCUGUGGUCUAGCUUACUUGGUUUGUGCUCUGGAAAACCCUAUCUUGCCUGUCUUGCAUGCUUUCUGCUUUGGAUCUUGUGACCAGCCAUUUCCUCCAGAAGUUUGGUUCUUUUCAGUAGAAAUAUUCAAGAACAUAGUCUUUGGACUGGAGUGGUCAUCACUUCCAGCUGGGUCACUUUUUACAGGUUUCAUUUAGGAUAGGAAAUUUCAGUUCUCUUACUCUGUAGGUAUCUGCUAAGGCCCUCAGUUGUCAAUGAGACUGAGAAAUAGAGUUAUAGAUAAAAGCUGGAUAAUCACGGGGUCAGGAGAGAUGGCUUAGCCAUCUGGUUGCCCUUCUAGAGGCUCUGGGUCCAAUUCCCAGAACCACAAGUUGGCUAACAACGGUCUGUAACUCCAAUUCCAGGGCAUCCAAUACUCUGUUCUCUCUUCCAAGAGUAAUGCAUAUCCAUGGUGCUUACAGGCAGAAUACCCAAAUGCAUACAAUGAAAGUAAGUCUUUAUAGUAUAUUAAUAGGAAACUGGGUUGGUGGUGUGCAUCUUUGAUUCCAGCGCUCGGGAUGCAGAGGCAGGUGGAUGUCUAUGCACCAGCCUAGUCUAUAGAGAGCUCCAGGACAGUCAGGAAAGGGUUUCAGCUGAAGGAAAACAUGAGCAUCCUUGUUUCAGAAGGGGCUCCAUGAAGUGCUCAGGCACAGCAAGAGGGGUCGGAAUUUGGUGAGAUGAUGGGAGAGGCUACCGUUGUAGUUGUGGAAGAUGGCAGUCCUGAACUAGGGUGGUGGCAAUAAGGAAGGAGAUGAGGCCUAACAUUUGAGAGAGUUCUUGGUAGCAUUGAUAAUACUUGGUGUCUGGCUCUGACAGGGAAGUCGAAGAUACACAGUAGAACAUCCAGGGGUUGGGGAUUUAGCUCAGUGGUAGAGCGCUUGCCUAGCAAACGCAAGGCCCUGGGUUCGGUCCCCAGCUCUGAAAAAAAGAAAAGAAAAAAAAAUCCAAGGAAGGUUUAUUUAGAGAUGUAGAAGAUGGCUGCCACUGGGGAAGACAGGAGGAUAACUGGACAUGUGGGGUGUGGAGGCCAUGGAGUAGUGAAUUUAAGGUCUUUUCAACUUCCACUUACCUCUCCGAUGGCUUCAAUACUUGACAUUCAGUGAAAGCACCGACCUCUCCUGUUCUCAGCUCUGUCCCUUUGCACAGGUGAUAAGGACCUCUGUCAUCUGUGGGGUGUGUCUUCAUCCUCUGCUAGGUGAAUCUUUUUUAAGAGCCAUCUUUCCAGACGUGGUGGCUCAUACCUUUAAUCUCAGCACUCGGGAGGCAGAGGCGGCAGAUCUCUGUGAGUUUGAGGCUAACCUGGUCUACAUCAUGAGUUCCAGGACAGCCAGGGUUAUAUUUGAGACCCUGUCUCAAAUCCAUCCCCUCUAAAAAAAAUUGCCUGAAGCCACUCUGCAGUCCUCUGCUGCCUGUCCUGUGCUUUAGUUUUACUCUGCCUUCUGGUUCUCUUCCUUCUUUGUCUUGUGUAUUUAUCAAGGUUGGGCCAGAUAAGGAGUAAGUCCAUUGUAUCUUUCAGUCUUUUUUAGGACUAAACUGACUUACCACAUUCACCCGUCAGUCAGGGCAGAGUGUGGGUUAAUCCCAGCUCCCGUUUGCCUUAGAGUUGCUGGCAUUCACUCUUAGCCUCCAGUAAACCAGCUCUGAUGUGUCUGAUGGUACAUUGUAAAUGAACUUCUGAUUGAGAGCCUGAACUUGUCAAGGUGGUGGUGAUGUGGCUCCCGGAACUGCAGCUAAGUUCCGAGUUCCUGUUGUCUUAAUGGCUUCCUCCCUUUCAGAGUUUUACCGCAGUCGUGUAUCCACACAAGCACUUCUCUUGACAUUUCUCGAAGAUGGGAGAAGAAGAAUAAGAUUGUUUACCCGCCUCAGCUGCCUGGCGAGCCUCGGAGACCAGCAGAAAUUUACCAUUGUCGGAGACAGAUAAAAUACAGCAAGGACAAGAUGUGGUACCUGGCAAAAUUGAUACGAGGCAUGUCCAUUGAUCAGGCUUUGGCUCAGCUGGAGUUCAAUGAUAAAAAGGGGGCUCAAAUAAUUAAAGAGGUUCUCUUAGAAGCACAAGACAUGGCAGUGAGAGACCAUAAUGUGGAAUUCAGAUCCAACUUACACAUAGCUGAGUCUACCUCAGGUCGAGGCCAGUGCCUGAAGCGCAUCCGUUACCAUGGCCGAGGUCGCUUUGGCAUCAUGGAGAAGGUCUACUGCCACUACUUUGUGAAGCUGGUGGAAGGACCGCCACCCCGACCCGAAGCACCGAGGACAGCAGUUGACCACGCCAAGGAGUAUAUUCAGCAGCUGCGCAGCCGGACCAUCAUCCACACGCUAUGAGCUGUGACGGCCAUUCUGGUCCGCAGUGUAUAUACCUUACAUUUAUUUUAAAAGUAAAAACAAAUGAUUUUUA